AUGAGAUCCCCAAGAUCCCCAACCCCCAAAAGUACUACUAUAAUCUGGAAUGAAGCAGAGCUAAGAUCAUUCAUCAAUCUCAUGGUUGAUAAUGUCCGAAACGGAUUGAAAACAAACUCAACAUUCACAAAGGUUGGUUGGGACAACAUUACAAAAGGGCUUGAAGCCGAAUUCAAAAGGCCCUUUGCGAAAGUACAUCUGCGUAACAAGAUGAAUAAGUUACGCAAGGAGUACAACAACUUCAGGGCUUUGUUAGAAACAACUGGUUUCGGAUGGGAUGCGAAUGCUCGGACUGCCACAGCUGAUGAUUCAGUAUGGGAAUCUGCUAUUCAGGAUUGGGUAAAAUAUAGAAGAAAUGGUCUCCCCAUGUGGCCAGAGUUGUUAGAGAUCUUCUCCGACUCUAGUGCCCGUGGGGAUAGAGGUCUGUCACAGGCAACAGUUGUAACUCCAACGUCAACUAACCUUGAAAUUGAUGAUGAUUUACAUGACACUGAUAAUGAUGACAGUGAUGCUUGCACUGGGACACCCAAGGGGUCAGCUCCUCCAAAGUGA